AUGGCGACACUUCCACCCAAAUAUGAGGAUCUCCCCGAUCCUCGUCGCUACUGGCCAGCUCCUGCCGGCUCCUACGAAGAAGGCAUCGGCAUGCUACGCCUUCUGACGCCGGACGUCGUAGCCAGCGCAGCCCGCAACGAAAUCAAAACCGGCGAACGAGUUUGCCUGAACUGGGAUAUUGAGAAACUAGAUCCUCCGGGUUUCGGGCGUCGCGGAUUCGAGCAUCUGAUCAAAGCCGUAGAGAGCUCCAAUGGAGCAGCGCUGGACGACGAGUACCACUUCAACCCACAGCAGUCUUCGCAAUGGGAUGGGUUGAGACAUCACUCGGCGCCUUAUCCAGAUAACAAGAAGGAGGAGAAAAAGCUGUGGUACGGCGGUACCACAUUAGAAGAGAUUAUCGAGACUGACUCGCCCCGUAUCGGAAUCGGGCAUUGGGCGAGAAAGGGCAUUGCUGGUCGCGGCGUGCUCAUCGAUUAUGUAUCCUGGGCUGAACGCACCAAGGGACUCAAGCCAGAUUAUGCACUGACUCGACACCGGAUUAGUCUCGACGAAGUGCUCGCCAUCGCGGAGGAAUCCAACAUCAAGUUCCAGCCUGGUGAUAUUCUCUUCCUCCGUGUCGGUCUACCACAGACGUGGAACGGCAUGAGUGAACAGCAAAGAAAGGAGUACUCACAGCAAGAAACGCCGUCUCACGCCGGAAUCGAGCAAUCGGAGCGCGUUGUCAAAUGGCUCUGGAACAACCAUUUCGCUGCCGUUGCCAGUGACGCAGUGAGCUUCGAGGUUUUCCCGGCCAUGGAAAACGAUUGGGAUUUGCACCACCACCUUUUGGCCGGUUGGGGAGUGCCCAUCGGGGAGAUGUUUGAUUUGGAUGGUCUUGCUGAGUUAUGCAAGCAGCAUAACAGGUGGAGUUUUUUCGUGAGCAGCAGCCCAUUGAACUGUCUGUUGCGCAGGGUGAAAAAAAAAAGGAAAAUGGCGCUGUUUUCAUCGUUGAUGUCGUCUUCGAUACUUUCCACGUUGCUAUCAUGGCGAGUAUUGUUGAUUUUGGUAUUCGCGGUCAUCAACAGAAAAUCGCUGCCCUUUGUCUGGACAGGAAGAGUCACGUAUGCGAUUCUCAAAAAUCUGCGCCGUGAUCCAUCGCAGUUCAUAUUCGACUCGAAGAACCCCGUCGACGCAAAGGGCCGGCCAACACACCCUGUCUUCGCCGUCGCGACAAUGAGCACCUACACCUCGCUCAUGGAAACAGACUACAACAUACACAAAUCCAACAGCACGUAUUACGCAGACAUGGACGUCGCGCGCACCCACUGCGUGACCCGGCUGUAUACUCCUGGAGCGGGGAUUGUGAACAAGGAACUCGAGGAGGAAUUCGCCGCUGCUGCGGCCGCCGAGGGCAAACCACGGCCCAAGAAGAAACAGCCGUUCUUCGUUGCGUUGGGAGGCUCGUACUGUUCGUUUAAGCGCGAGCUGAAGCCGUUGGAGAAAUACGAUAUCAAGUCAUAUAUGGUUGCUUGGGACGAGAAGUGGAUGUACAUUAUGAGCUACUUCCUGAAGCCGGAAAGGAAGAAAGGUGCUGGACCGACGCUGGCAGCCAUUGGCGUGAGCAAGUACUGCAUCAAAAAGGGGCGUUUGACGGUCCCCGUUGAACGUGUGCUCAGGGCUAGUGGAUAUUUGCCUGCGAGGCCAGAGGGAGCAACUCCGGUUCCUGCUGUAGGGCUGUCUCGAGAUACGUCCAAUAUCGGUACACCCAAAGACGAGGGUGUCACCACUGCGCUUGACGGAGUCAAACUUGUGCAUGAAAUGACCAAGUUGGGCAACCAGGACUGGGAGCUUUUGCAGAAACAACAGAAAGAAAACACUGCCUCGUGGAGCGGAGAUGAGUGGACGUGGGAGCGUAUCGAGGCUCAACGCAAGAAGGGUAUCGAGUUCAUUCAUGGCUAUGUCGAUUUGGACAGUAAGCUCUAUGAUAAUUGGAAUAAUGCCUGA